AUGACAACUUCAGAUCCAUACCUAGAAAAAGAUAUCUCUAUAAAGGCUACCGAUUUAUCUCAAUGGAGACUUAAAGUUGACCAUGGAAGACAAACGUGGCAUUAUCUGGAAAGCGAUGAAGCAAAAAAUUCGCCUCAGUCUAUAAUUGAAAAAUAUUGGUUAGGCAUACCUUUUGAAUCAAAAAAAUUCGACAAACCAAAAACUGCAUUAGAGGCAGCACGAAAUGGAUUUGAAUUUUUUAAGCUACUCCAGACGGAAGACGGUCAUUGGGCCGGUAAUUAUGGCGGCCCUAUGUUCUUAUUACCCGGACUUAUAAUUUCAAUGUACAUUACGCGUAUCACUAUUCCUGAAAGUUGGCGAAUUGAAAUUAUCCGAUAUCUAUUCAAUAAAGCUAAUCCAGUUGAUGGUGGAUGGGGAAUACAUGUUGAAGGUCAUUCAACAGUGUUUGGAACAACCUUGAAUUACAUUGUCCUUCGUAUCCUUGGAAUAGAUGCUGACCAUCCAUACAUGGUCAAAGCUCGUGCGACUUUGCAUAAACUCGGAAGUGCAACUGCGAUACCCUCAUGGGGCAAAUUUUGGUUGUCGUGUCUAAAUGUCUAUAACUGGGAAGGGAUGAAUCCUGUUCCACCUGAAUUAUGGUUACUUCCAUAUGCAAUACCAUUUCACCCCGGUCGAUAUUGGGUUCAUUGUCGCGCAGUUUAUCUUCCUAUGGGAUAUAUGUAUGGGAAAAGACUUAGUGCUGACGUUAAUCCGCUUAUUGAAUCGUUACGACAAGAGUUAUAUGAUCAGCCAUAUGACUCAAUCGAUUGGGCUCGAGCAAGGAAUAAUGUUUCAGAUGCUGAUCUUUAUUUGCCACAUACAAAAGUUUUGAAAUUUCUAAAUUUUGUCUUGACUUUAUACGAAAAGCUUCCAAAUUUUUUUGGCUUUCGUCAAAUUUCUCUCGACGAAUCUUAUAAAUUAAUACAAUAUGAAGACAAUAAUACAGAUUAUCUUGACCUUGCUCCAGUUAACAAAGUCAUGCAUAUUCUUUGCACGUAUUAUGAAGAAGGUCCUAAUUCCGAAGCAUUUAAACUUGCUAAAGAAAGGCUCAUUGAUUAUAUGUGGAUGAGUUCUGAAGGGAUGUUGAUGAACGGUACAAAUGGUUCACAACUUUGGGAUACCGCGUUUGCAGCUCAAGCUAUCAUUGAUGCAGGAUUGGGUAAUUACGCUGAGAAUCAUGAUAGCAUGAUAAAGGCUUUGGAAUUCUUGGAUGACGCUCAAAUUAAGCGCAAUCCAACUGAAAUGGAAUAUUGUUAUAGACAUCCGUCAAAGGGAGCGUGGGGAUUCAGCACACGUGACCAAGGAUAUACGGUGUCAGAUUGUACCGCUGAAGGAAUGAAAGCAGUUUUAUAUCUUCAAAAUAAAUUGAAUUUUAAGCCAACCCUAGUUUCAAAAGAAAGACUUUGCCAAGCUGUGGAUAUUUUGUUAACUAUGCAAAAUAGUGAUGGUGGAUUUGCUAGUUAUGAAAAGAUUCGUGGACCGGAAUUUCUCGAAUGGAUAAAUCCAUCAGAAGUAUUUGGUAAAAUUAUGAUAGAAUAUAGUUAUCCGGAAUGUACAACUGCUGUAUUGACUGGAUUAAGUAUAUUUAAAAAAUAUUAUCCUGAUUAUCGUGCCGAUGAAAUCGAGAAAGUAUGCCAAAAAGCAGCAAAAUUUAUACACAAAUCUCAAAAAGAAGAUGGAAGUUGGUAUGGAUCAUGGGCCAUUUGUUUCACAUAUGCUUCAAUGUUUGCUCUUGAAAGUUUGGCAUAUUUUGGUGAAACAUACGACAACAGUGAAAGCGUAAGAAAAGGAUGUGAAUUCUUAAUUUCUAAGCAAAAUGAAGAUGGCGGGUGGGGAGAAAGCUACAAGACAGAAGUUUAUUCUGGACUUGACCAAUCUCAAGUUGUGAAUACAGCAUGGUCAUUAUUAGGUUUGAUGUCGGCCAAAUAUCCUGAUGAAAAAGUGAUCCGACGAGGUAUUGAGCUUAUAAUGUCAAGACAGUUGAGUACGGGAGAAUGGAAACAGGAGGAAAUUGAAGGAGUGUUUAACAAAAGUGUUGCCAUCAGUUAUCCGAAUUAUAAAUUUAUCUUUACAAUUUGGGCAUUAGGAAAAUAUGCCAAAAUUCAUAAUAAUCCAACAAUUCAAUUUUAA